UAUAGAUUUGCACUUUGAUUUUUGAUCUAUGGAAUAUGGAAAUAAGAAAAAGAAAGUACUUGAACUUAGGAAGAAACCAAAUUGAGUCAACAACUUGAUAUUUAUAAAUAUAAAUAAAAUUAAAAAGUAUUUUUCAGUUUUAAGUUUACCGCGAGUGUUUGAAAAUCUCAUAAAAGUACAAUAACAAUGCAUGGAGUACUGAGCAAAUCAGCAAAUUUAAUUAACCUCAUAGGUACCUCUAAAAUGUCUUCACUGGCUUUUAAAACAUUAGCUGUAAGCGUACCCAAAGAAUUUGUAUAUCAUGUUAAGUUAAAUAGGCCAGAGAAGAGAAAUGCAUUUAAUCAUGAAAUGUGGCUAGAAAUUAAAGACUGCUUUCAAAAAAUAAGUGAUGAUGAAAAUUGCAGAGCUGUUGUUCUAUCAGGAGAAGGAAAAUUGUUUACUAGUGGAAUCGAUUUAACUAGCUUUUUGCAACAGGGGGCUGAAGCUGGACAACACGAGGAUCCAACUCGCAAAGCCAAAGUACUCUCCAAGCUCAUCCAGCUGUAUCAAGAAAGUAUGAGUUCUUUAGAACUGUGCAAGAAACCCGUAUUGGCCGCUAUUCAUUCUGCCUGUAUAGGAGCGGGUGUAGACUUAAUUACUGCAGCUGAUAUUCGGUAUUGCACAAAAGAUGCAUAUUUUCAAGUUAAGGAAGUUGAAGUGGGUCUAGCUGCUGACGUUGGUUCUCUCCAAAGAUUACCGAAAGUAAUAGGCUCUGAUAGUUUAACAAGGGAACUGUGCUAUACAUCAAGAAAAAUGCAUGCCGAUGAAGCUCUUACUUGUGGCUUAGUUUCCAAAUAUUUUACUUUAUCAAAUUCCGAAAUGAAGAGCAACGACGGAUUUUAUAUAUGCAAUGUACAAGAUGCACCAGACGAAGUUAGGUUUAAGGAAGCUCCUAAGAGCCCAGUUAAAAAAAUUCCUAGAUAUUGCCGUGCACUGAGACGUAUUCAUUUUUCUGAUAAAAUUCUCAUUAUUGAUAAUGAAAAGUAUUUUACUUUAUCAAAUUCCGAAAUGAAGAGCAACGACGGAUUUUAUAUAAACAAUGUACAAGAUGCACCAGACGAAGUUAGGUUUAAGGAAAAAGUGAAAUUUGCUGAUAAAAUUUUGGUAUGGUGUGCCAUCUCAGAAGCUGUUGUUUCACAGCCGUUUAUUGGGCGUGUUCGCGGUGAAGCUCUCAAUGCUGACAAUUACGUUGACAGGUAUCUUACAAGGCUUGUUCAAUUUUUAAAUACUCAUCACCCCAAUGAUGAAAUCAUAUUUUGGCCCGAUCUAGCGUCAUGCUAUUACGCCAGGAGAACGACAGAUUGGUUAACUGCUCAAAAUGUAAAUUUUGUUCCUAAACGCAACAACCCUCCAAAUGUGCCUCAUGCGAGGCAUAUAGAAGAGUUUUGGUCUGUUUUGAGUCGAAUGGUGUAUAAUAGUGGCUGGGAAGCCCAAAAUGAAGAUCAGCUAAAUCGAAGAAUUUUGGAAACAAUUCGGAAACAGACCGGAAAGAAAUUCCUCAAUCAAUUAAAUCUCCAAAGCGAGGACAUCGUCAAAGCAGCAACUGCUCAGUUAACAAAAGAUCCUAAUGUAGUGUUUGCUAAACUAUAAUUAUUGAAUAUACCAAAAUGUCUAAUCGAACCUAGGCUGUUGGUCAUAGAAAAACAUAAUAAUUCUAUAUUUUUUGAUAUUUUAAUAAGCGAUUUGUAUGAAAAAUACACAAAAUAAUUGUAAGCCAAGGAUGAAUACCUGAAAAUAAAAAUAUAUAUACACUUG